AUGUCCUCGCCAGCGGUCUACAUCGCCGCCGGUCGUCGUACCGCGUUCGGUGCGUUCGGAGGCAAGCUCAAGUCGUACACGGCCGCUCAACUGGGUGGGAUCGCCGGUAAGGCCGCUUUGGCCGAUCUGCCCGAGGGGACAAAGGUCGAUUCCGUUCAUUUCGGGUCAGUACGGCCUACUUUGUUCGCUCUAGAGGGUCAAGUGCGCUCUCUUUGAGAAAGACGGUCACUGCACCCUGAAAACCCUCCAGCGGAAUGGACCGUGCAGCGCUGACGUAGACCCACCCGCCACAUUCAUGUUGGCGGACCUACUUUCUUUCAUCUUUUUCUGGUACAGUGCCGUGCUUCAAUCCGACCCUUCAGGACCUUACCUCGCACGACAUGUCGGUCACCUUUCCGGUCUGCCCGUCGAUGUCUCCGCUUGCACCGUCAACCGGUGAGUCUCCAUCUCCGUACGGUCCCGCCUUUCGAGGCUGUUCGACCCCCACACGCUCGGGAAAGGUCCGAUGGGAUGCAAGAUGAAAAGAUGCGAAAAAGCGUUUGAUCCUGAUCGACUAGUAUGAUUGCACCCUCCCAUACAGUCUCUGCGGUUCGGGUUUCCAAGUCAUCAUCAACGCCGCACAAGAGAUCAAGCUCGGAGAAGCGGACGUCGUCUUGACCGGUGGUGCCGAGUCCAUGUCGCUCGCGCCUUACACCCUCUCCGGUGCAUCCCGCUGGGGAACGCGGUACGGCGUCGACCUCAAACUCGAGGAUUCCCUCGCCGCCGCUUUGACCGAUCGAGUUCCGAACCCUACCCCUAUGGGUAUCACGGCGGAGAAUUUGUCGGACAAGUACGGCAUCACGCGCGAAGAAUGCGAUGCCUACGCGCUCCAAUCCCAACAACGAUGGAAGGCCGCUCUCGAUGCCGGAGCUUUCAAGAAUGAGAUCACGCCCAUCUCAUUACCUUCGAGAAAGAAGGGAGGACCUUCGGAAGAGUUCGCGCAGGACGAACACGCUCGUCCUCAAUCGACGCUCGAGUCACUCGCGAAAUUGCCUUCGGUCUUCAAGAAAGGCGGUACCGUCACGGCGGGUAACGCUUCGGGGAUUUGUGAUGGUGCAGCAGCGAACGUUGUCGUUUCCGAAGCCGCGUUGGGAAAAUACGGCAUCAAACCUCUAGCACGUGUCUUGGCGACCCAUGUCGUCGCCGUCGAACCCACCAUCAUGGGUAUCGGACCCGUCGAAGCUGUUCGAGGCGCUUUGGCCAAAGCGGGCCUCAAGAUCGAGGAUAUCGAUCUCUUCGACAUCAACGAAGCGUUCGCCGCGCAGUGGCUUUCCGUUCAACGUGAACUCGGUUUACCCAAUGACAAGUCCAACGUCUUUGGUGGAGCGAUUGCGUUGGGUCAUCCUCUUGCUGCUUCGGGUGCGAGGAUCGUCAAUAACCUCGUGCACAACUUGCAUCGCUUGGAUAAGAAGUACGCCGUGGGGGGUGCUUGCAUUGGUGGUGGGCAAGGUAUUGCUAUCGUUUUGGAGAAGGUUUGA